GCAGCUUUAGCUUGGCAAAUGAGUUAGAGAAAUUGUUGGCGGCAAAUUUUUCAUUUUUUUCACUAAAUACCUUAUAGCACUUUGCUAAACUUGAAAAACGUUGGAUGUUCUCUGCACAGAUGCAAUACGAUGACCACAAUGUAAUGCGCAUUCUUGGUUUGCAGCACUAUGUGGAGAGUUGUUUAAAUAGAGUAGAUCCAGAGUGCAAUCAGCAUAGCGGAAAGGAUGUGUGAUGCGUGGUUCUAGAUGGGACUGAAGUUGUCCUGCUAUAGUUAUUAGGUGGCCAGGAAGCAAUUACUUCAAUUGCAGAUAAAAACAGAUCUCUCCCCGAGUACGAAACGACCUUGUACGGAAAGUAAGUGACAGCCACUAAAAACAAAAACCAUAAAACCCUUUGACUCCACUUGAAACUUUCCGCAAACUGCAGAAUGUCGUUUUCGGUAGUAGAAUUCUACGGACAAAACUCUCGCUAUGCAUGCGGAUAUUGUAAGCAGUCGAACUCAUGCUACUCGAACGGUAUGUGGGCCCACAGGCUAACCUGCCAGGAUUACCAAGAGCUGAUUGAUCGUGGGUGGCGCCGUUCCGGGUGUUACUGCUACAAACCGGUGAUGGACGUCACCUGCUGUCCAUCGUACACGAUCAAGUGUGAUGCAUUGAACUUUAGUCUGAACAAAUCGCAUAAAAAGAUUCUCAAACGUCUGCACAAGUUCUUGCGUGAUGGAAAACGGGACCCAACGGACACGACUGGUGCGCUUGGAACGAGCGAGGAAGACUCAACCGAAGAUAAUGAAUCGUUCGAACAUAUGGAAGUACCGUCCAUGGAACCGCAUCCUGUAGAUCAGGAUGUGAUGGACGUGAUGGAGCUGGGUGAAGCCAACCCCAAGCACGAUCGGCCGUCGGAGCAUACUGUUGAAAGUGAGUCGGGUGGUUCGAAUGUGCCCAAGCACGCCGCCUCGGCCAUCGAAAAUUUUCCAAAGCACUCAACCGAAUCAAAUAUUACUAAUCAGCCAAAGAAAGCAAAGCUUAUGCGCAUUGAACGGAAGCGCGAAAAAUUGCAGAAAAAAGGGUUGUCCGAUGCGGAGAUCGAAAACAUGAUGAAAUCCAGCAAAGGCAGCAGUAGCAGCAAAUCGCCGAAGAAAACGCUGGAAGAAUUUCUGGCCGAAUGUCCACAGGAAAGCGAUAAACCAGCGCACCGUUUAAAGAUCGUGACGCUUCCCACUGCUGGAGCUAAGUUUAAAGAGAGCUUGCAUGAUUCGUACGCUCUGUACCGAAAGUAUCAGACGGCCAUUCACAAUGAUCCGCCCGGUGCGAUCGAAGAGUAUCUGGACUUUUUGGUGAAAUCGCCAUUGAAGGGCGCACAAGGAUACGGAAGCUUUCAUCAACAGUAUUGGCUGGACGAUCGUCUGAUUGCCGUCGGUGUGAUUGACGUGCUACCGAACUGUGUCAGCUCGGUGUACUUUUUCUACGAUCCUGAAUUCAAAUUUCUAUCGCUUGGCACCUAUAGCUCGUUGCGAGAGAUUGCCUACACGCGAUCGCUACACAGUAAAUAUCCUAACAUUAAAAGUUACUACAUGGGAUUUUACAUCCACUCUUGCCCGAAGAUGCGUUACAAAAGUAACCUUCAGCCAUCGUACUUGCUGUGUCCGGAGACGUACACAUGGCACCCGCUAGAUAAAACCGUUUUAGCGAAACUCGACGCGCACAAGUACAGUCGGCUAAACGAUGAUGCCGAGGCGCAGGAUGCAAACCACACGACUGAGCAGGAUGUGAAAGAAACGCUGGUGCUUACGGGCAGAUCCUACACAACGUAUGCUGAGUAUUUGACGAUGGUGGACGCGGACGAGGAUGUACCUUCGAUGGCCGAAUACGCUCGGUUGGUUGGUAAAAGUUGUGCGAAAAAAAUGAUGCUAUACAAAAUUUAAAGAGCUGGUGAAGUGGUGUGUGUGUGUGUGGAACAAUGAGCAACAUGUUCCUUAAAACCAUUACAUCGUCGUGUGUUGCAGUUACUAAAACGUAUCGUGGAUCACUGUUUGAUGUGUUAAACCACUGAAUGUCAGUUGUCUAUGAAUCAUUGUUUGAAUGCAUUAAAGAUUAAUGUGAGCUUUAGAUUGAGUGAAACCUCAAUCCAGAAGAAUAA